GAGCCGUCAAGAUGCUGCUAGACCUGUCGGAGGAGCACCGGGAGCAUCUGGCUUUCCUGCCGCAAGUGGACAGCGCGGUGGUCUCCGAGUUCGGGCGGAUCGCGGUGGAGUUCCUGCGACGAGGCUCGAACCCCAAAGUUUACGAAGGCGCCGCCAGAAAACUAAAUGUGAGCAGUGACACUGUCCAGCAUGGAGUGGAAGGAUUGACGUACCUACUUGCUGAAAGCUCAAAGCUUAUGAUUUCUGAACUGGAUUUCCAAGAUUCUGUUUUUGUUCUGGGAUUCCCUGAAGAAUUGAACAACUUGUUGCUUCAGCUUUACCUAGACAAUAGAAAGGAGAUCAGAACUAUUCUGAGUGAAUUGGCACCAGACCUUCCUAGCUACCAUAGCCUGGAGUGGCGACUAGAUGUACAGCUUGCAAGCAGAAGCCUUAGGCAGCAAAUCAAACCAUCGGUGACGAUGAAACUGCACCUGGCCCAGAAUGGAGAGCGCUGCACUGAGGUGCUACAGACUGACCCAGCCACAUUGCUGCACUUGGUGCGGCAGCUGGAACAGGCCCUGGAGGAGAUGAAGACCAGUCACUGCCGCAGGGUAGUCCGCAACAUCAAGUAGCAGACACGGUUACUGUUCUAGACACUCUUUUGGUUUGAGGACCACAUCCAGUGGUGCUCAGGAAUCACUCCUUAUGGUGCACAGGGAUGCUGAAGUGCAUAUGGGAUGCUGAGGAUCAACCUGGGUUGACUAAGGAAAGCACCUUUCCCACUGUACCAUCUCUCCAACCCACCUCCACUCAUUUGUGACAUCAUGAUGUUUGGCAGUUCUUUUUUAAAGUUA